UAAAAUUACUGGCUACCGGUGAUGUAUGUUUAGUAAACGAUGAAAUUGAUGGUGUAUUUGUGAAAUGGGGUAUUUACAACGAAAAACCAACAGAAGAAGUUCCUAUAUUAUGUGCAUCUUUCGACAGUAUUGAUGGAUUAUCAAGAUCAACAUCACUUACAACUAUUGAAAUAAAAGAUGCUAAAUUGUCCAUUUUAGGCGGUACUACAGGAACACAUUUAGCUAAUGUUUUGAAACGUUGGGCAAAUUGGAAUGGUCAAGAUGGUUUGUUUAGCCGCAUGCUAUUUUUACCUGUUUGGUAUAAAGCAGCAACUCGCCCGACCGAUCUGAAGUUUAAUCCAGACCAUGCUAGUAUACCAUCAUUUGUUCAUGUUUUUAUUGUGUGUCAUUUACUUGGAUCGAUAGAAUAUCGUUUCGAUAUCACUGAUCCAUUUCAAAUAACAGCAACAGUAAGCACAUCUGCGGACAAAAUCGUCGAUGAGAAUAGUGCUUAUUACUAUGUAUUUAAUAAAGUUGCUGAUCAAACUGACGUAUUGCUUGAUCCACAGUUUAAAAAUUUAUCCCCGCAUAUUGCAUCGUUUUAUGCUAAAGCAAGUGAUGUUUAUCCACGUAUUUGUGUUUUACUUAAAUUAUAUAAAAAUAUUGUAUCUAUUUUAAAUGAAUUACAAAAUAUUAUUGAUUUUGAUGAUACCUUUAGUGAAAAUGGUGUUAAUACACAAAAAUUUAUAGCUGCAGCAGUUAAAGCAAUAGAUAAUUUGUUUUUAUCUACUGCAAUACAAUCUGCCAAAUCUGGUAUGCCAGUUCUGUAUAUUGAUAAAAAAACAUGUCAACAAGCAUGGGAAUAUUAUUUGUUUAUCUUUGAUUCAAUGAGGUCAAUCUUUAAUAUUGAUACAAUAGUGGAUAUAAAUGAAACACAACGUGAUCAGGCUGUUAUCAUCGCUGCUCAUUGUAAAACAAUAUUACAAUAUCCUUAUACGUUUUUUUCAACGUCGAUGAUAGCUGGUUAUGAUCGUCAUGACUUAAAAGUAUGUGGACCAUUUAAAAAGCAUCCAGAACAUUUUCAUGCAUGUGAACAAGUGCUGAUUGCUGAUGGUCUACUAUUCAGAGAAAAAUUUCUAGUUAAUUGUGAAAUAGCAUUUCAUAAAGUUCCACCACCGGCAGUCUGUACACCAGUGUCGUUGAAGAAAUUGAUAUGGAGAUGA